AUGACUCUCUUCAACCCGACUUCGAUCCUGGUGGGCUUUCUCCUGCUCUACCUGUCAUCCUUCUUUGUCUUUGCGAUCGUGCGCAUUGCCACCGGCAUCUCAAUUCAGCGAAUCGGAUAUUUUUCACUUCGACGAAUCGCCUACGCCCCGAGAGAAGGUCUCCUAAUCGAAAUCCGCGGUCUCGGUUUCUCCUUACACCCGCCUUCCUUCGCGCAACCAACAUGGAUAAGCAUUCGAUUGACCGACCUGAAGAUUACGCUGGACACCGCGACUCUGACCAAAGGAAGGACUGACACGACGCGAGAUCAACUGGGACCAGCCAGCCCUGGAAGCCCGGCCGAGGACAAUGUGACCCUCGACUCGUCCAGCUCGCGGAGCAAAACAUGGAGGACCCUGACGCGAGUGAAAGAGCGCCUCAAAAGGUUGCACCGACAAAUAAAUUGGCUAGCCCUGGUUGAUGUUACGGUUAUCAACACUGCUGUUCAUUUUCACGAUGCAGGCCAGAUCCACGUUGGGUCUCUCUCGCUCGCGGUCGACACCCGGAGUAAGAUGGUGGAGCGGGGCAAGCUAUUCCGUCGCAAAAAGGAUAUGUCUCGAGAACAGCGCCCGGCAGAGUGGAUCAUGAAUGUGCAGAAUGUCCUGCUUGCAAUUGAGGGCAUGGAGCCGACUGAAAUUUUGGACAACGUCGGCGUGAAUCUUCAUGGAUUGCUCUACAAAGACUUGGAAGGACUGCGAGAUGCCUCCGUGGCUCUGAAGAUCGGAAGGCUGUAUAUUCCUUACGACGAUCUCAACACGCUUUUGAAACGCAUCAAGUCGGCCCAGAAAUCAGCCGCCGUCAAGGAACCGGCACCCACUGAGACUGACGACGAGAUGUCGUUUGCAGACUUCGUGAAGGAACUGGAUCAGCCUGGGACCCGAGACGAUUCGAUCGUCCAGACCGUGGCGGACUCUAAGGAAUUUGCCAGCUCAAUUCUUCGUGGUAUUCAAGAGAUACAGGUUGCUUUGAGUUUCUUCCGACUCUCACGCGGCCUCCAGUCGCUCUCUGGCCAGAAUCCUGUCUUCUUGAAUAUCGUAUCCCACGAACUUGGAAUCGACCUUCAUCGGAUGGACCAGAAAAGCCCGGAACAUCGCAUGUAUUUCCAGCGAAACGAUAUUGCUCAUCAAGCGUUGCUCGCAGCUAUCUCUCUCUCAGUGAGCUUAGAUGACGACUCGGGCGAAACCGACAAUAUCCUGUACAUCCCUAUGGCUACGACAACGAUCAAGACCACCCUGCCCUCGAAGACGGUCAGCGCAUUUGAUGAUGAAAACCUAGAAGAACGAAACUCCAAUGUGCUCUUCGCUAAUCUGGUCGUCACGUCUCCAUCGCUUGAUCUGCAACCUCAACAUGUUUCUCGACUCUUGAAACUGGCACAGGUCCGCGCUUCUUCUUCACGAGUCAAAAAGCGGAGCAACCACCAAUUGAUAUCUCGUCUACUUCCCAAGGCGAGCAUCAAGCUAUCUGUUCACGAGCCCGUCAUUCGAUUUGUCUUGCCCAUCGAAAAGGAGUCUGGUACUUCUGACGACUACAACCUCUUAAUAUCGUCCAUUUCUUCAAUUUCGCUCGAUAUCGAAUCCUCUCAUUCCGCCGAAGGAGGCGCCCAUUACUCUCUGUCAUCCGUCUAUCGUGUUGCGUCUCACAAGUUCUAUUACCAGACUCCCGAGGGCAACAAGCAUAACCUGCUCACAACAGAAAGCCUGGAGCUCAAGGCACAUCUCAAUGCAAGCCCAGAAGUGUGCGUCAUUGCAUCGGGAAGCGUCAACGAGUGCUCGGUACAUAUGAUCAAUGGUGAAGUCAAUCGAGGGAUUCGCCAAGUCCUUGAACAGUUCCGAGCCCAUUUACAGUCGCAGAAACGGCCGAUGUCUUUGAACGAACGCAAGACAAGCCCGCUCAGAAAAAUUCCUCCUUGGCUUCUUCAAUUCUCAUUUGAGUCAACGGGAUUCAGCCUGGAAGUCGCGGGAGUUGACAACACAGUGUCUGAGACUUCCCGUGGCGUAUCCUUGCAACUGCAGUCCUGGACAGCAGAAUACAAAGCCCAGAAAACCGAGCACGCCGUCGGCAGCAUUGCUAGACGGCGUACUUCGAGCCAUUCUACCAUUGGCGAUGAAUCACCGUUUAGGUUUCAGCCGACAUCCCCUCCAAAAAAUACCCAACGCGGCGCCGCAGAUGGUCGGAGACUGGCGUUCCAUGCGCGUGGCUUCGACGGAUUUGUCAUUGAAUCGGAUGACUAUCUUGAGCCUGAGCCGUUCUUCUCCCUCCCUCGCUUCGAGGUUGCACUCAGCACUCAUAGCGACCGCCUUGGACCGGUUCUUCAUAUCAAUUCUGUCUUUAAGGGCAUAUAUCUCCAAUAUUCUCUCUACCGCUUCUACUGCCUUGGCGUUGCGAUUUCUGUGAUACAAGAUGUUAUUUCGCCCCUCCCACCGAAAGAUUCUGGCUCUGCCACAAGAAAAACGAAAGGAGCUCCAAGUAUUUCUCUACCCCCACCUCCUUCUUCACCCCCUCCUGGCAAGAGCGAAUUGAUCACUGUCGAUGUGAAAGCAACUGUUAUUCAACUCAAGGCAAAUCUUCCCGCAGAUCCAUCAAUGAUGGUACAAAUCUACGGUCUGGCAGGCGGCUCUCAACGACUCUCGACCCCCCAUGUCAAAGCCACCCUGGUUCGAGUUCACGCAGAAGCACCAAAGCUCAAGGGUGUGUGGGCAAGGAUUGGAAGUAUGAACAAUGUUCGACUGGACUUCCGAAAAAUGAAAAUGAAGCAGGGCGCUAAACUGACGGAAGAGAGAUCGAUUGAUCUUUGGGCGGAUUUCAUUCGACUGGGUGUCCCGCACCAUAUGGUGAUGCACCGCAUUUUUGACAAUCUCAUCAACACCUCCAAGGCUUUCAAGCAGCUGCACCAUCGCUUCAAAAAUCGCUGCCGAGAAUUCGUGUCCACCCGAGAGCCCGAGGAGCCGAAGAAAGUGCCAAGAGUGUCACUUCGCAGCAAAGCAUUACUCUUCGAGUUGGAAGAUGAUGCUUUCGAAUGGAAACUAGGAUGCAUCUAUCGGACUGGUUUGAUCGAACAGUCACAACGAUUGGCCCGCGAAGAAGCCUUCUACCUGAAGACUCAAAAAGUCAGAGAGACAGAUCAGAAACGCGCUUCAUCGAGGCUUAGAGCCAAGUCAAGUUCUCGCACUUUACGAAGUGAGCGCACUAGCCAAGACACCCGAAGAAGCCGCAGCGCUGGACCACGUCCAAGACAAGAAGAGCACCACGGCGGUGGCAGAAGCCGUAAAUUCCGCUACGACACCGAGGGCGCGACUUGUCUAUCCUCUGAGUGCAAGGUAUCUCCCGAUACCGCCUGGGACAGACUUCAACAGCACAAUUCUCGGAUCUGGAAAGAGAAGAUUGACGCUGCUCUCAAGUUCCAAGGAACGUCUAUCAAGGAAGUUCGAAAUCUGUUUUCCGGCGCGGACGAACCGCCAGAUGAUGUGAAAGAGACCGAGACCAUUCUUGCUAUUCCAAACAGACCGGGUCUGAUGUCCGCAUUGAUCAGUGAUGUGAAUCUUGUCAUUGACAAGCCCACAUUCCCAAUUGACGAGAUCCCCUCAUUCCUCCAUAAAAUUGGCAAAGGGAUGCCAAUGGACAUGAAAUAUGGCUUGCUGCUGCCAAUGAGCUUCAACCUGGAGAUGGGCGAAGCACGCGUCAAUUUGCGAGACUAUCCUAUCGAUCUCCUCCAUAUUCCGGCCCUUCGCCCUGGUCAAUCCCCAAGGCUUCCUAGUUGGUCUCUGCGGACAAAUUUCGUUGUUGCUGAAGAGUUCCGGGGCCAUGAAUCUGCAAGACAGGUUGAUGUCGAGCUUGUCCCUCCGACUGAGCUGGCUGAUGGUGCUCACGCUGAUCCAUUCCAUAUGAAGGUCUGGCGAUCUGUGACCCCGGUGAAGACCUAUUCCGACCCCACUUUCGAGAUCAAUACAAGCCUACCAACGAGUAUCUCUUGGGGAGUCUCCUACCAACCAGUCAUUCAGGACAUGAUGAAGAUCAUUGAAGGUUUCACCAAGCCCGAAAUUGAUCCCUCAGAGCGAGUCGGCUUUUGGGACAAGAUCAGAUUAAGUUUCCACUCCCGGAUCAGAGUGCUGUGGAAGGAAGACGGCGAUGUUCAUCUGCGCCUGAAAGGCUCUCGAGAUCCAUAUGUGGUGACCGGCUUCGGAAGCGGUUUCGUCAUGUGCUGGCGAAGGGACGUCAAAUGGGAAAUCCAUACCAGUGACGACCCAAUGGAGUUCAUGAGCGUGACAAGUGGCGAGUAUGUCCUGGCAAUUCCUGAUUACAGUGCGGAAGCUCGAUGGGCGAACGAGACGUCCAUCGACGACCUGGAAAGCAGCUCUGCCUCUAGUGAGCAGAAAAACGCAGCGCACUUUAAGAAGGUUGUCAUGAAGUUGUCAGGAGAUGUGAAGUGGGCUACAGGGUUGGUUUUUGAACGUGAUGUCGAUGCCGAUUCAAGAUCAUUCUCAUUCAGACCGCAUUACGAUGUUGUUCUCAAGAAUCCUAAAUUCGUCCACCCAUCAGAGCGUGCUGGCUAUGAUGCCUUCCGCGGCUUCCGCAGUGAUCACAUCCAUCUGUCAGUCUCGGUCAUUGCUCCUCAAAGCAGGGACUGGUCCCUCGAUGGCGUCCAGCCCUCUUCAAGCUACAACACAACGCAUUUGACCCCACGCUUCUUUACUCACUUCUUCAGUUGGUGGUCUCUCUUCUCCGGUGUUAUGUCCCUCCCAGUGCGACAGGGUCCUCUAUUCCCUGGAAUCACCAAAACGAGCAAGAAGUUCAACCGUCACCUGGCCACUGUCAAGUACAAGCUUCUACUGGCGCCCUUAUUUGUGGCACAUAUUUACAAGCAUAAGGAUAGAGAGGACUAUGCUGAGAAUGCUGUGACUGCCACUGGUCUCAAGGUUCGCCUUGAUUCCUUGAAACUGGAUGUUCAUCAGCGACGGGAGCAAAUCAAGACGCAGGCUCGCGGACGUUCCAAGCAGACAAAGACAAGUGCCAUGCGCAUGAAUCAGGCACUCAUUGACUUGCAGUCGGCCGACUUCCGGGCCGUUUCUGCCAGCAUCGAAGGUACAACGGCCGAGGACGUUGCACAGAACAGAGACGAUAUCAUCUCUUCGUUCCAGCAGCCAGUGCCAUCUGUCGAUCUUUCUCGCUUUACCAUUCCCGAUCACAACUUGGAUUGGAUUGACAUGGAUGAUUUCGUGGAGCCCGACUGGAUCCUACCACAAGAGUCGAAUCCUAAGACGCAGAUCCUACCACUGGCUUUUACUCCUCGGUUUACCUAUUUCCGCCAGACGGAUCACGGUGACCUAGGAUCUGAGGAGACUGGCUAUAGCACCUUUGGUUAUGAGCCUACCCAUGAUUGCGUCAUGUCCAAGACCAAUGAUCCUCGACGCGUUCAAAUCGAACUCACUAAAGAUCGCCUGGCAACGGUCGAAGCUCAGAUCCGCAAUUACGAUCGUACCAUCGGGGAGCAAGAGCUCAAGCUGAUGAAGGAUGUGGAUCACGAUCCUGAGCUGAAGGAAAAACAUGAGACCUACUUGCGACAGGCUGAAUCCCUGGCCCGGCGACGGAAAUUCUUGACUGCUACGCUGCAACGACUUGAAAGACACCUAGCACGAGAUGAGCGUACCACCUACCGAAGCAACUCAGGCCUGAACGCAGCUGCCAGCGAAACAUCGUCCAGGACAGGACGGGAUGCGGAUUCCACAAACGAUGGCCGCGCUUCUGGUCUUGAUGGUCUUUAUUCGUCAGCUGCCGAUGACUUUUCUAGCGACUUCAACAAUCGUUUCAUGAUCCACAACGUUCAACUGAAGUGGAACAACUCGCUUCGGAACAUCAUCUUGCGAUACAGUCACCAAGUAAGCCAGCGCCGUGGCUUUGUCUACUAUAUGUCCAGACGAGCGGUCAAAUUCAUUCUCGACAUCGUGGAGGAGCAAAAUAAAAACCAAAAGAAGAACCCCAAGAUGUCCAAGACUCAUACUCGCAGUGACAAUGAAGAUGAAAACGAGGUGGAAGAUCGUAUUGAGGAACUGCUCAACAGUGCCAAACGCUACGUCAACGCCGACGAGACCGAGCCCUCUGACUCGAACAAUCAAUCGCCUUCCAACUCCGACAAUUCCAGCGAGAAUAUUGCACCCGAAUUCACUCCGCAAAACAGCUACUAUCUGCGGCUAAUUGCCCCCCAGAUCCAGCUUCUCAGUGAAAAGAACCGCAAAUCUGUGUUGUUGGUGGCUGCCAAGGGCAUGGAACUCAAGGUGGUGUCAAUCAUGGACAAGGAACGUGUUUCAGACGAUGUUAGCGGCCUGGUUCAACGUCGUUUCUCUCUCGAGAUGGAUGGCGCCCAAUUCUUUGUUGCAACCCAGAAGAAACUCAUGGCAAACUUGCAGUUCUACGCUGGCAACAAAUAUGGCAACUCACCGGGAUCUGCAUGGCCUCCUUGGCUGACUCUUGAGGCUAUGUUUGACUUCGAGCUCAACCCAUUCGGGUUCUCGCGCAUUGUCCAAAAGACGUCUGCGACCCUUCGCUACGACAAGUACAACAAUCUCCGACUUAAGUACAACGAAGAAGUGGCCAAGGGCCACCAAGGGCCUCACCCCGGCGGAGACGAAACCAGAAUGGACCAGAUUAGUGUCGACUUCCCACACUUCCGUGCGAUCUGCGACUCUGCGGAGUACUACUCCAUGUACAUCAUCGUCUUGGAUCUUAUGCUCUACAGCGAACCACUCGAGAAGGUUCGAAAUGAGCGUCUUGAAAAGAUCAUGCUCAUGUCCGAUUUUAGUGAUCUUCGGGGAGCGCCAGAGAUGGUGUUCAAGCUGCAAGCACGCAUUCGUCAGCUCGAGGAGAUUAAGGAGUACUUCCAGAUCAAUGCUAAGUACCUGGACAAACAGGGCUGGGAGGACCGUCUGGCUCUGGAGCGAGACCUUUCGCAGUGCGAGGAUGAACUCUUCUUCAUGAUGAAGGCUAUCACCACGUCUCAGCGACGAGCAGAACCGAGCUCGACAAAGACGAACGACGGUGUCCUGCGUUGGAACAUUUCUGCAAGCGAAGUUGUUUGGCACUUGAUGAAGGAAGCGUCGGCGCCCUUGGUCGAGUUCCAGCUCAAGAAUGCCCAAUAUGAGAGAACUGACAACACUGAUGGAUCUAAUCACAACCUCGUGGCCGUCGAACGGUUGAGCGGUCUGAAUUUGCUUCCAGAUGCUAUCUAUCCUCAAAUCAUCGCGCCAUACCUUGAGCAACCACGCCCAUUGGAUGAUUUCAUGCUCCGUGUUCGAUGGCAUAUGCUUGAAGCUGUCGCUGGUAUUCCUGUGGUUGACAACUUCGAAGUAUCGCUGUUCCCACUCAGGAUUCAACUGGAACGCGAGCUCGGCCAAAGACUUUUCGAGUACAUCUUCCCUAACAUGGGCUCGGGUGCAUUUGAAAAUGGUGGUUUCUCGCCCUUCAUGAUCAAGAACAUGAAGCCGCUCGAUGGCUCGGACGAUGAAGAAGACCAAGGUGACAGCGAAACGCUGAGCCGGUCAAUCAGCACCGAUGGAGACAGUGUGCUUAUAGAUGACCUUCAAGCUUCUAAGGGCCCUGGCUCCAUUGAGCUUCGAUUGCAGCCCACCUUGUCUCUGUCUGAAGAAGGCAAGACCAGUCGGCGACCAAGUCAACUCAAGGGCCUCGCAAUGACUCCUAUCAACCGAAGUAACACUCAGCUGGGAGUCCCGGAGCCUCGCAACCUGCCGCGCCCGUCAACAACCGGUGCCCUCUCCAAGAAGAAAUCUGCUGACAGCAUUCGCAUGCUCACCAAGCAGCCUACGGAGAGAUCCUUGUCAAGCCACAGCACAAGUGCCGGUGAAGAAAAGAGGAAAUUUGGCAUUAGCAAGGGCUCCCGGAGAGGCAAGUCCUCAGAACCCACAGACGAUCUGUCGCAGAUGAUGUCUCGAGCUUCCAAUUACAUGACCCUCGCACAGGUCAAGGUACAUGACGUAGUCCUGUGCAUGAGCUACAAAGGCAAGGGUGAACACAACUUCGAAGAUCUGCACAAUUUCGUCUUCCGUCUCCCAGUUCUCGAGUACGGCAACAAAACCUGGUCAAACCUGGACCUUGCUUUGCGUUUGAAGAAAGAUGUCAUCAAGGCUCUUAUCUCGCACGCCCCUGCCAUUCUUGGGAACAAGUUCUCUCACCAUCGACCGAACAAGCAACAACAAAAGCGGUAUCGCGAAAUGGCAUCGUCUUCCCAGCUGCUUCCUAAUUCGAACACGGGGAGCAUUCUGAACUCUGAACGCAGCCAGGCGCCGAGCAUGGCAAGCUUCGACUCCAAUAGCGAGUACUCCGAGUCCCCGUCGCGGAAAUCAAUGCAGUCAACCUCUUCGCCAUUGGUCCGAUCGAUGUCCCUUAGUUCAGAUGCGCGCGAUGGUCAAGGACAAGAUAACACAAUCUCCGACUCCCGGUCCGCGGGCGAGGUUGAUGUGGAUUCUCGCUGGGAGGAAUCGCGUCGUUUUAUCAAUGACCCUGUUCGACCCAUGACCUCAGGUCAAACAGUGACAACAGUCGAAGCCAGUGGCACUGAGCAAGAUGACAGCCACAAGAAGACAAUACGCAACAUCAGUCGAAAACUGAUGGGCGGCCGAAGAUAG